GUAUAAAAACACAGUGAAACCUGCGCUGCCCCUUUAAGAGAAACCUCCUCCUCCUGCUAGAAGCAUGAAAGCCUGAUAACUCCUCCCUCUUCUUCCUGAUCAUAAACACAGCCAGCUCCACGCUGAGCAUGUUGGCUUCCCGCUCACUGGUCUGCAAGUGGGAACAAAAAGGAGCAAAAGGACCUGCGCACAGACUUCUAUUUCUGUUUGGAGAAACUCACAGUCACUGCUACGAGGUGAAAUGGCGCAGAGACGUGUUAAGCUGGUUCGGGAAACUUUCUCUUGCGUGAUUUGUCUGGAUCUACUGAAGGAUCCUGUGACUAUUCUCUGUGGACACAGCUACUGUAUGGACUGUAUUCAACGCCACUGGGAUGGAGAGGAUGGGAAGAAAAUCUACAGCUGUCCCCAGUGUAGAAAGACUUUCACACCGAGGCCUGUACUGCGGAAAAACACCAUGUUAUCAGAUUUAGUGGAGCAAAUGAUGAAGACUGGACUCCAAGCUGCUCCUGCUGAUCACUGCUAUGCUGGACCUGAAGAUGUGGCCUGUGAUGUCUGCACUGGGAGAAAACUGAAAGCACUCAAGUCCUGUCUGGUGUGUCUGGUCUCUUACUGUGAUCAACACCUUCAGCCUCAUUAUAACUCCUCUGCGUUUGAGAAACAUAAGCUGGUGGAGCCCUCCAAGAAUCUCCAGGAGAACAUCUGCUCUCAUCAUGAUGAGGUGAUGAAGAUUUUCUGUCGUACUGAUCAGAAGUGUAUCUGUUAUCUCUGCACUGUGGAUGAACAUAAAGGCCACGACACAGUCUCAGCUGCAGCAGAAAGGACUGAGAGGCAGAAAGAGCUCGAGGGGAGUCAACAAAACAUCCAGCAGAGAAUCCAGGACAGAGAGAAAGAUGUGAAGCUGCUUCAACAGGAGGUGGAGGCUAUUAAUAGCUAUGCUGAUGAAGCAAUGGAUGACACAGAGAAUUUAUUUACUCAACUAAUCGGUCUCAUGGAGCAAAGGCGCUCUGAUGUGAAACAGCAGGUCAGAUCGCAGCAGAAAACUGAUUUGAGUCGAGUCAAAGAUCUUCAGAAGAAGCUGGAUCAAGAGAUCACUGAGCUGAAGAGGAAAGACGCUGAGCUGAAGAAGCUUUCACACACAGAGGAUCACACCCAGUUUCUACACAACUACUCCUCACUGUCACCACUCAGUGAAACUACAGACUCAUCCAGCAUCAAUAUCCGUCCUAUGCGCUACUUUGGUUAUUUGAUAGCGGGCGCGUCAGAAGUCAGAGACAAACUACAAGACACUGUGAGCGACCUGUGGACAAACCUCUCAACGCCUGGGACUGAAGUGGAUGUUGUACUGCCAAAUCCACAAUCAGAGCCCAAGAACAGAGCUGAAUUCUUAAAAUAUUCAUGUGAAAUCACACUGGAUCCAAACACAGCGAACACACAUAUGUUGUUAUCUGAGAGGAACAGAAAAGCUACAUUACUCAUAGAAGAACAGUCUUGUUCCAGUCACCCAGACAGAUUCACUGGAUGUCGACAAGUCCUGAGUAAAGAGAGUCUGACUGGACGUUGUUACUGGGAGGUGGAGUGGACAGGGAGGGGAGUUCAGGUAGCAGUCGCAUACAAUGACAUCAGCAGAGGAAUGAGCUUCCGUGAAUGUGCAUUUGGAUUGAAUGACAAAUCCUGGGCGUUAGACACUUAUUCAAAUAGUUUCUUGCACAACAAAGUCCAAACGCUCUUCUCAGGUCCUGUGUCCUCCAGAGUAGGAGUGUACCUGGAUCACAGGGCAGGUACUCUGUCCUUCUACAGCGUCUCUGAAACCAUGACUCUCCUCCACAGAGUCCAGACCACAUUCACUCAGCCGCUCUAUGCUGGACUUUUGUUUUUCUUUUGUGGAGCCACUGCCAAGUUCAGUAAACUCAAAUAGACAGAAGUCAGUCAAUGGACAAUGGGUUAAAUUCUGUGUUUCGAAUUCUCAAACAAGACCCAUUUUGUCUACAUUAUUAUAGAUUAGAGCUCAUUGUUGUCUGCUCAACAGAGAUCAGGAUGCAGUCAAACAUUAUGGCUGAUACUUUCAUUAGUUGUUUUGUAAAUGUUUUGUUUUUUUAACUGGCACUUCUCCCUUAUUUAUUUUUUUUUUUUUACAUCGCUGAGAUUUUAAUCAAAUAUAUUGGUUUUGUGAACAAAACUGAAUUUACAAGAUCAAUAAACUAACACGAAGAAAGUA